UUAGCUAUGAGUAAGUACAUUUGCAAAAUGUGUAAGCAAUUUCUUAACCUGUGUACUCAAUGCCUUUUUUGUAAUUUUGUAAUUUUCUACAAAUAAAGUGUUCUGGACUUUUUCCUUCUUUCACGUCAUAUAAACUGUGCACAUCCAUGCUGUCAAGAUCAUGUAACUACAAGAAAGCCAAGAAUACAAGGAAGCAUUUAAAAACUAGCCAAACAGGAUAUUGUGUGGUUACUCAGCAACAGAACGCUGUCUCCAGGCAACAAAGAAUGCUUUUCCUGAAUAUCACACGUGUUCUCCAUUCUAGUAGUGGAGGAAUGGUGGCUGCCCUGGACUGAGAUGUCAUCAUGGAUCACAUCACUGUGUCUGAGGCUCUGAGGCAGCAACUGGAAGCAUUGUGCUUGAAGUCCUUUCCGUGUGGUUCUGGAAGCUGGAACAAGCCUCAUCUGGUUAAAGGGAGAAGAAUUCCUGCAGACACCUACUGGGAAGACAGCGACCCAGAUGAGGAGAGCCAGGGCACUUUACAGGAUAUUCUGAAUCAACAGAACUCACCGUGGGAACCUGAAGACAAGUACAAUUCUGAAGCUCAACACUUGAGGGAACUUGCAGUCAAAUGUCCGGAAAACAUCACUGAUCUGUUCAUCUAUUCUUACUUCAAACGGCUCAGGAUAGUUGAUAAAGAGGUAACUGAAGUAGAUGCACAGCUACUUAAAUUUCAGAACCUUGAAGAACUUGUGUUAAGUGUAAAUAAAUUAAAUACAGUGAACUCUGGAAAUCUUCCAAGAAAAUUAAAGAUAUUGGAGUUAUGUUCUAAUCACAUUUCAAGCUUAAAGGAUGUAAGUGUAAAUCCACCACCAUUGCUACAGCAUUUAGGACUUGCGUAUAACAGAAUUCGUGGCUCUUCAGAGAGUAUGUUCCUGACUGCAGACAUCUGGCCAAAUUUGGUUUCUCUUGACCUUAGUUACAAUGAUCUUACUGAUCUCUUUAACCUAGUAUCCAGAAUCUCUACUUUACAAAAUCUCCGCAUUCUCAUGCUGCAAGGAAAUCCACUGACUUUUGUUACCAAAUAUAGAGGCUAUACUAUAGACUCUCUGCCAAAGCUAUGUGUUCUGGAUGAUAUUUUAAUAUUACCGGAUGAAAAAUAUAAGUACAGUGGACUGUCAAAAAAGAAAGAAGACAGGGAGAAUAAAGCUAAGUUUUAUGUCCGCAUAAGGAAAGUACAAGGUAUUCCAAACCCAAGUGCACACGCAGAACAGCAGAAUUCAGGGGACUAUCCAGUAACUACAGUCACUUAUCAUGUAUGCUAUGAAUUCAUAGAAGACCAGCCUAGCAGCGACAUGUGCCAGUCAUAUACGUGCGAUCAGCCAGAACAGAGCACCGAAGGACACGAGGAACAACUCUACCCACUAAACCUUCAUACUGGUCUUUUCAAAUCUGAUGGAUCCUUUUGGAAUGAAAAUAUAGAGUACGAUUAUGUGAAGGAACACACAUCUACAGAUUUAUUGGCUUUAAAGUCUUUUCUUCUCUCUGGAAUGAAGGUGAUUGUCAGAGAGGAAAAGAUCCUCUCAUGGCCCAAAGAUCCAGAGGAGAAUGCUGCUGUAUCAAAACUUGACAAAAAAGUUGGUGGGAAGGACAAGGAAAAGGACAAGGCCAGAAGUAGCUCAAGGGGAAGUAAAACUGAUGGAAAGAGUAAGAAGAAAAAAGAAAAUCUAAUUGAACUUUGUCAUGAUCCCCCAAUUGUGAAGACUCUUGGAUCUGCCGUAAUGCCUUUAAACAAUCUUGUAUCGGGGGUGAUGCAAACAUUUUCUGUUUGUAACUUGGAGCCAUUUUACAGCAGCAUAGAGCAACAGCAUGAAAAUGAAAAGUGUCCUCAAAACAGCAACAAAACCAAGGAGCGCAAGCUGAAAAGUGGUAGGGAAAAUGUAGAAGCUCCUAAGACCUUUCGAUCUUCAUCUGGAAAAGAAAAACAAAAAGAUACAGAAGUGAAACCAGCAGAAGCGGGGCCCCCUCCCCCAGUAGCACUAACUGUAGAGAUGGAAGUCCAGCUUGUGUGCGUCUAACAACAAAUGGUUAAUUACUGUGACACAGUGCCUAUGUUAAUGUGUUUGAAAUGUAAUGUGCACAAAUGCCAACGAUUUUGUACCAUUUCAAUUUACUACUGCAAAAAACAAAACAAAACUGUUGCUUUUCCUUUAUCACCAAGCCAUUUAUAGUGCCAUAUUGUAUUCAUUGCUUUAUAAGUGUCACUAUUUUUUCAGUGCACAAAUUGUACAUCUCUUUUUGCCAAUUCAGUGCCUGCCAUUUAAUUUCUUAAAAUAAAUACCUAAAUUAAUUAAUACAUAACAAAAUGUAACAGUUCCAAGAUGCAACUGUCAUGGCUAAGACAGGUAACAAAUGUCACAUUAUACAGACCACCAUGAUGCAUAAUAAUAUAUUGCUAUGUGUGCUGUAAAGAUUUGUGAUGGGGUUGGAGCUAUAAUGACAUCAUCCUGUGAAACGAUGAUCACUGAAUACAAGAAGACAGGAUACAAGAUGUGCAUGCUGACGCCUGAAUGACUUCAUCUAAUCUCACAUACACUGCUGAGAAACAGUGUCUGAGUCAUCAGAACCCUCACCGAAUGAACUCCAGAACUAAAACUGUAAUGGACAUUGGGACUGUAUUACUAAACUUCUGGACAAGAGCUGACAAUACUUAUGAACCACUGACACCAAGUCAAGGGCACUAAUUAAUUAGACACAAUAAGUUUUGCCCCAAAAUAUCGGUAGAACAUGCCAUCACUUUAGGAUCUGUGGGGGUCCGACUACCAGGACUUCCACUGAUCCUAAAGGUGCCCAUACAAAUGUAAUAACUGCUAGCUGAACGCUUGUUCAGCUAAUAGUCAUCUCUCGACUCUCCCAUAGACAUACAUGUUUGGUUUGGCUGCGUGUGUAUUUGUUUUUAAGGGGGAAAUGGAGAAAGCUCCUGCCAGACAUCUCUGGAGCUGCUUGUUUCCCAGGAGAACAAAAAGAUUGUGCACUGAAAUUCAACAUACCCAAUCCUCUUCACCCAUGACAUUAUCUGUUGGGGAGAGUCGCAAGUAUCUCAAAUCAGAUUGUUGGAUGGUCCUGCUGAAGACAGUGGGUUUGUCCAACAAUACUAUGUAUAUGGGAAACUUAAGAGUAAACGGAAGCAACACUGAUUUUGUGCUGCAUCCUAUUCACUGCUGUCCACGGAAAUGGAGCUGUAGGGGACAUAUAUACCAAUGUUUUUGCUGCUUCAUUCUCAGAAUUAGUAAAGGUCCAGGCAACCUUCACAUCACAAAGUGACAUAUCCUAACACAUAAAACAAAUCUAAGUAGCUACAUUUAACCCCUUCUUGACAUCCACUGUACAUAGAUGGCACCCAAUCAGGAGCUAAGCGGAUGCUAUAGCUAGUUGGGUGACUGCCAUGUUACAUAGCAGACUCCUGCCAACAGCAUCAGUGUCCAAGUUCAGGGCCAACAAAAAGAAUCUCUCUGAUAAAUUUUAUGUUGGAUAUAUGGG